GAGUCAAAUUAAAGAGCAAGUAUGCCCGCCGGUUUAUCUUACCCAAGGUAUAUUACGUACUUCACUGCGUCAUUGUUAACAGCGUUGGCCGGUGCGCAAACUGUGCACAAAUUCUACAGACCUUUGGAUGAUUUAAAUGAUCUUGUGGAAGAAGAAUUAGCGAGAAGAAAAUACUCAAAUAAACGCAAAGUGUAAAUAAA